AUGACGGCGCCGCUCGGGCUCCCCCCGCGCUGGCCCGACGCGCUCGGCUGCCGCUGCGAGGAAGCCCCGCGGGAGAAAACGCGCAUGGAGGGCUUGGGCCACUGCCGGGAGAGCUUGGGCCACUGCCGGGAGAGCCUCGGGGCUCACUGCCGGGACAGCCUGGGGGGCCACUGCCGGGAGAUGCUGCCCCACGCCGGGCUGGCCGCGCCGCCCGCGGCACCGGCGGCGGCGGAGGGAGCGGCGUUCGCGGAGCUGGCGGGCGCCGAGCAGCCGCGGCAGUGCCCGUCGGGCUCGCUGGGUUACGGUUACCCCUUCGGGCCGGGCUAUUACGGCUGCCGCCUGAACCUGCAGCAGAAGCCCUGCGCCGGUUACCACGCUCCGGACAAGUUCGCCGAGGCCGGGGGCUCGCUGGCGGGCGAGGAGCUGCCGGCCCGGGCCAAGGAGUUCGCCUUCUACCCCGGCUUCCCCGGCUCGUACCAGGCCGUGCCCGGGUACUUGGACGUGUCGGUGGUGCCGGCGCUGGGCGCGCACCCGGAGCCGCGGCACGAGGCUUUGCUUCCCAUGGAAGGAUACCAGCCCUGGGCGCUGCCCAACGCCUGGGACGGGCAGGUUUACUGCUCCAAGGAGCAACCGCAGUCCGCGCACCUCUGGAAGUCGCCUUUCCCAGACGUGGUCCCGCUGCCCCCCGAGCCCAGCCCGUUCCGCCGGGGCCGCAAGAAGCGCGUUCCCUACUCCAAGGCGCAGCUGAAGGAGCUGGAGAAGGAAUACGCCGCCUCCAAGUUCAUCACCAAGGAGAAGCGGCGCCGCAUCUCGGCGGCCACGGCGCUGUCCGAGCGCCAGGUGACCAUCUGGUUCCAGAACAGGAGGGUCAAGGAGAAGAAGGUGGUCAGCAAAACCAAGCCCGGACACCUCCACGCCACCUGA